GUCUCCGUCCUACCCUUAUCCUCUCACACCUCCAAUCUAGAACACACCUCAAUUUUUUCUCAAGGGUUAGGGUUACACUUUCAUACUCAAAAUCCUCUCUCCUAAACCCUAAUUCUCUCUCUAUACCCUCAAGUUAUAGGGUUAGGUUCUGUGUAUUUCUUGAUAGAAGAAAAAUGGCGUCUUCUACGUCUCAGAUUCAUGUGCUCGGAGGCAUUGCUUUCCCUUCAUCUUCGAAGCAAUCGAGUAGACGAUCUCCGAGAACGGUGUUCUUCGGACAGGGUCUGAACAAGACGACGUCGUUUGCUAUGCCCAAGUUGAAGCUGAGGAAUAAUGGAAGGAUAGGUGUGGGACCGGUGAGAGUGGUGGCGGAGAAGGUCGUGGGAAUCGACCUGGGGACGACGAACUCCGCCGUGGCGGCGAUGGAGGGAGGCAAGCCGACCAUCGUAACCAACGCCGAGGGUCAACGGACGACUCCGUCCGUGGUGGCAUACACCAGGAGUGGGGAUAGGCUCGUCGGGCAGAUUGCGAAGAGGCAGGCGGUGGUGAACCCGGAAAACACCUUCUUCUCUGUCAAGAGGUUCAUUGGUAGGAAAAUGUCCGAGGUGGACGAGGAGUCGAAGCAGGUCUCCUAUCGGGUGGUUCGAGAUGACAACGGUAAUGUCAAGCUUGAUUGCCCCGCCAUUGGCAAGCAGUUUGCAGCUGAAGAAAUCUCGGCUCAGGUUUUGAGAAAACUUGUGGAUGAUGCAUCAAAAUUUUUGAAUGACAAAGUUACUAAAGCCGUGGUCACAGUGCCUGCUUACUUUAAUGAUUCUCAAAGGACAGCAACAAAGGAUGCUGGCCGUAUUGCUGGAUUAGAUGUUCUAAGGAUUAUCAAUGAACCUACUGCUGCAUCAUUGGCUUAUGGAUUUGAGAGGAAGAACAAUGAAACCAUUUUAGUGUUUGACCUUGGAGGUGGUACUUUUGAUGUGUCUGUUCUUGAGGUCGGUGAUGGAGUGUUUGAGGUGCUUUCUACUUCUGGUGAUACUCAUCUGGGUGGUGAUGACUUUGACAAGAGGGUUGUAGAUUGGCUUUCUGCGGAUUUUAAGAAAAAUGAAGGCAUAGAUCUCUUGAAGGAUAAACAAGCGCUUCAGCGUUUGACUGAGACAGCAGAAAAAGCUAAAAUGGACUUGUCAUCUUUGACACAGACCAAUAUUAGUUUGCCUUUCAUUACAGCCACUGCAGAUGGUCCCAAACAUAUUGAGACAACUCUUACGAGGGCAAAAUUUGAGGAAUUAUGUUCAGAUCUGCUUGACAGGCUUAAAACACCAGUUGAAAAUUCUUUGAGGGAUGCAAAACUCUCUUUUAAAGAUCUAGAUGAAGUGAUCCUUGUUGGUGGAUCAACACGUAUUCCUGCUGUUCAGGAACUCGUUAAGAAAUUGACUGGAAAGGACCCAAAUGUUACGGUAAAUCCUGAUGAAGUUGUUGCCCUUGGAGCUGCAGUUCAGGCUGGUGUUUUGGCUGGGGAUGUCAGUGACAUUGUCCUUUUGGAUGUUACACCGUUAUCUCUGGGUCUAGAAACUCUUGGUGGUGUUAUGACGAAAAUCAUCCCAAGAAAUACAACUUUACCCACCUCAAAAUCAGAGGUAUUCUCAACAGCUGCUGAUGGUCAGACAAGUGUGGAGAUUAAUGUCCUUCAAGGUGAGAGAGAGUUUGUUAGGGACAACAAAUCUGUUGGCAGCUUCCGUCUGGAUGGAAUCCCACCUGCCCCACGAGGAGUUCCUCAGAUUGAAGUCAAAUUUGAUAUCGAUGCAAACGGCAUUCUCUCCGUUACUGCUAUUGAUAAAGGGACUGGGAAGAAGCAAGAUAUCACCAUUACUGGUGCUAGCACCUUGCCCAGUGAUGAGGUAGAGAGGAUGGUUAAAGAUGCUGAGAGAUUUGCGAAGGAAGACAAGGAGAAGAGAGAUGCCAUAGACACGAAGAAUCAAGCAGACUCUGUCGUCUACCAAACAGAGAAGCAGCUGAAGGAGCUGGGAGACAAGGUUCCAGGUCCAGUGAAAGAAAAGGUUGAGACAAAACUUGGAGAGCUGAAGGAGGCAAUCGCAGGGGACUCGACCCAAUCCAUUAAGGACGCCAUGGCUGCCCUCAACCAGGAAGUCAUGCAGCUUGGCCAGUCCCUCUACAACCAGCAGCCUGGGGCGGCACCUGGGGCUGGCCCCACACCUAGCGACGGACCUGGGCCUUCAGAAUCAUCAAGCAAGGGAACUGAUGGAGAUGUCAUUGAUGCUGAUUUUACUGACAGCAAAUGACAUGAAUACAAAUAGUGGGCCAAUUUUUUGCUUUUUUGGCCUUUUAUAUUAAUUUCUGUUUCCUUUAAAUGGAUACGAAGAGUGAUUUUGUGGGAAUUAGACCGAAUUAUUGGGGGUUAGUUUCAGCCAUUUUCAUUCAUUGGGUACUAGAGAAAAAAAGUCCAAGAAAACAGGGGAUCAAACUGUUUUAAUCUACCCCCAUAAUAGUGAAAAAUUCAGUUAGUUAGCUCACUGUAUGCUCUAUUGAAACUGUCUUUGUUUUGAAUAUGACACCAGAAAUUUCAUGCAUUUUGGUUUGUUGA